AUGUUAUCAAGCAAGAUACUUUUCAUCCUUGGAGUGUUGACAGCACUAACAGCUACUAUAUCAGCACAAGGUUUCCGUGCCCCUGGUUCAAGAGGCGGUACUAGUAAUGGUGGUUUUGGGAGCGGCUUACUUGUCGGCUCAGGCAGUGGCAAUGGCUUUGGAAAUUUAGGCUUUGGCAACUCUGGAGGAUCUGGUGGCUUAGGGCAAGGAGGUUUCGGCAAUUUUCAAGAAGUUUUCAGUAACCUCCAAAAACGUUUAGGUGAUAUGCUUGCAAGAUUCCGUAGCGGACUUGGAUUUUAA